UCUGCUAACAGAAUAAUAUAAUUAGUGUCGCUACCCUGGUUAAAACAACGUUAAUGUAUACAAAGUGAUACAAAGAUUUAAAUACUUUAAAUAUGUUAAAUGCUACAGAUCGACUCGAAUUUGGAUUUCCACUUGUUGCUAUUCGUGUUUAAAAAAUGAGUAUAUCUGGUAAAAUUCUAUAUAACAAAGUACGAAACUUACGUUCCGAACUUUCGAACGUUGUCACGCCAGAACUGUUGGAUAAAAUCUGCCAGAAACCUGCGGUGCAACCGUUUUUAAAAUGGUUCUGCGAGAACGUGAGUUAUGUCAACGUUCUGUCCGACGAGGAGGUUCAAUUAAAAAACAAAUUACAAGAGACGGGCGAAUGGUUAGAGGGUCCAGAAUUAGAUCUCGCAUUGCAGGAAGCCACUGCAGAUUGUCCAGAUUUAUUAGAACUUACCACUUACGAUGACAAAGACAUCGACAAUUUGUUCGCAGAGCAUGAAAUACUGAGAGAUUCGAACAAGGAAGAUGAGAGUUACAUUGAAACGCUACAAAAUGGAAUUCGCAAUUUGAAAAAAUUGGAAGCUAAAUUGGAAGAGGAUAUAGAAACGGAAGAGGAAUGUCUGGUUAAAGAAAACAUUGAAGUGGAGAAAGCGUACCAAGACUGUUCUGCAAUCGUGGAGAAGUUCGACACGAAUAAUCAUGAAUUUUUUAAAGAAGUAGCCUGCCUUUUAGAUACUUACGCAGAAGCAGCAGAAAAUAAAGGAAUACCAUUAGUGUGGACACAGAUGCCACUGGAACUUUUUACUAAAAAGGUCGAACUGUAUAAUCAUUAUUUACACGUACAUAUAAAACGGCAGUUCAAGAAUUCGCAGAAGGAAGAGGAGAAGACUGAUUCUAAUUACGUAUCCUUGAUCGACGACAGUCAGGAGAAACGCAUAGACAAUGAGAAGCUACAAGAACUCGCGAUGUGCAAAGCAAACCUGACUAAUGCGAACUUCAAAGAAAUCUCGGCCAAAGUGCAGGAGGAAUCAUACGCCGCGAUGUUCGAUUAUGUUCAAGAUAUAUAUAAUUCAGGGAAUUUAAAAGUGCCGAGGCACUCGGACAUGAGAACAGAAAUCUCUGAGUUGAUCAACAGGAGGGACUUCCUCGAGGAGAACGUCUCUCUUUUACACGAUCGUCAGCUGACGGAGAUCGUGCAACGGUUCGCAGAGUUUCAGAUAAACAAGGUCUUGAGGGAAGAUGCCAUUUCAAGAUCUAAAAGGGCGAAGAAUCAUUUAGAAAAACUUGAGAAUUUAAGACUGCUUGUCCGGGAACAUGGUUACGCUCGCGUUUGUUUAUUGUGUAUACUCAUGGAGAUGGAAUUCCAUCGUCUCACGGACGUCUACGAAUUCGUGUCCGACGCGUUCCAUUAUUUAACAUCUGAAUACUCACUGUCCGCUGCGAGAUGCGAAAGAAUGCAGCAGCAACAAAACGAAUACACUGCCAUGCUGUCCUCACCGACGCCACACAAUUCGUUUCACAAACAUUUUAUUUCCAUGAUAUCCGACGAAGAUGAUAAGCAUCAGUUGAACUCCAUAUUAGAUAAGUACAAUAAUAUCAUAGAUGAAAAUAAAACGAAGAAGCAAACUAUACUGGAAAGUUAUUUAAAAUCAAAAAUUCACAAACUAGAAACAUUGGAGGAAGAGGUGAAGUCACGAUAUUUAAAUGAGAUUCAACAGACUCCUACGCACACGUACAAACCAAUUUCGUUUGAGAUCGAAACUAAUCACGCCGAGGCAGUGGACAGUUUACAAAAAUUGCAAGCUGACGUAACGAAAAUAAGAAAUCAAAUGAAGGAACGAUUGAAAUUAAUAGGAAGCUUCGAACGAGAGAAGAGUAUUCUAUGGCAACGAUUCUUGGCCGAUCCACAAUCAUUGAGAAGGUCACACAAAGAAAUGAAGCAGAGAGCGAACAAGUCUUGUUUCAACGAUACCAUUGAAAACGAAUAAACUGUACAUUAAUUUUUGCAAGAAGGAUAUAGAAUUUAAUUAUGCAUAUGUAUUUUCUAGAUUAAUAUAAAUAAAGGAAGAAAUGCUGUUUUAUAUUAUUCUAUUUCUUCCGAAGAAGCGUGACAUUCCUCCUCAGUCUACGAAUUCAUUCAUUCA